GCCCCGCCGUCACUGUGCGGUGCUCGAUAGGCUCUGGGCGGUGAUGGCGGAUGAUGGGGGCUGCCCCCAGUGAGCCGUGUAUCUACGAGAAGCUGGCUGACAGUGUGGAGGUGCUGCGACAGUCCGGCGAGCGCUAUGGCAUGUCCGAGCGCGAUAUUGAGCGGUUCAUCGCCCAGAUCCUGGAGACCAACGAGCCGCAGCGGGAAGCGGUCAGACACCCGCGGCUUAUGACAGCGGCCAAGGUUGUGGUAGCCCUGGGACUUCUCAUAACUGCAAUUUAUUCCAUCAUCAUCCCCUAUGGCAGAUCUCAUUGCCAGAGUGCAGUCACAGAAGACCAGAGCUGGAGGAGUCCGAUAAUUAGUCAUAUCCGUCUUUUUUGUCUACCAAUUGCCAAAAAAUACAAUCUGGAAGCUUUUCAAGAUUGGGAAUGCUCUGGGUGUGCACGGCUGAUACCUAAUUGUACUGAAUGUGCUGCCUUGACCACUGUCGGAACAGUGAAUGACAUGAAACAUAUUUCCAAGUAUAAUCAUCGGAUAGUUCAACCAGUUGUAAUAAAGAGUGGGCCAACCAUGUCAUUGUCAUAUGAGGAUUUGAAACACUUGUAUUCAGAAUACAAGGAGGUCAUGGAUGUGUAUGCUGAUUUUGGAGACGAUGCUGAAAAUGAAGCCAACAAAAACUCCUAUCUCUUUCCUGAAGAAGAAUCCAACCUGAUUGUUCACUGGAAAAAGCAACGUAUAAAUGGGAUACAUAUUCUUCGAAUGCUUUUUCCAAAUUCAAGCAUACUACCUUUUGAAAGUAAGGUAUCCCUGAAGAAGUGUAUAAUAGCACCCAGUCGUGGCUCUCCAUUCCAACUCCUGAAUUGGGAUAAAGAUUUGGAAGAAAUAGCUGUUGAAUAUGCACAGAAAUGUAUCUGGGGACACAAUAAAGAUCGAGGAAGAACUGGGGAAAAUUUAUAUGCAGUUACUGGCCUACUCAAUCUGCAAGAAGCAGUGGAGAAAUGGCAUUUAGAAGUUGAAUUUUAUACAUAUGAGACUAUGGAGUGCGCUCCAAAAAAGCUGUGUGGUCACUACACACAGCUUGUUUGGGCAGAUAGUGAUAAAGAGGGCUGCGAUAGUCACAUUUGUGAAGAACUCCAAGGCCUGGAUUAUAAAAACGUGUCUCUUCUGGUCUGCAACUAUUUAACUCCAGGCAAUGUAAUUGGACAAUACCCAUAUAAGGAAGGAAUACCUUGCAGUGAAUGUCCGGAUGGAACCAAGUGCGUUGAUAAACUUUGUACAUCUAUACUAGAACCAGAACUAGAACCAGAACCAGAACCAGAGGCAAAGCCACAGCCAAUCACAGAGUCAGAGACAAAAUUGGAGCCAAUCACAGAAUCAGAGAUGAAACUGCAAACAAUCACAGAGUCAGAGGCAAAACUAGAGCCAACCCUGGGGUUAGAGACUAAAUUGGAACCAAAAGUAAAGCAAGGGACUACUCUGGAGCCACAUGUAGAAGCAAAGACCAUACCAGAACUAAAGAAUGACCCAGAAAUGAAAUGGACAGUGAUACUACAAGACCCAAAUUUGCAGCCUGAUUCAAAAUGUAAUCAAGUAAACAAUGGGAAUUUGGCACUCUCCUCUUGUAUUCUGACACUCAUCAUGUUAUUGGUUUUGUAUUUUGCACAAAUCUAGUGGCAACAAUCUUGUAUCCAGUAAGAUUUCCUGAGGUUCCCCUAAUGGAACAUCAUCCUAUAGAAGUUUGCACUGGUAAACAUGCUGAUUCUAAAUAUACUAGUUACUAAACAAAAAAAAAAUUAAAUUUCUUUUCAAAUUGUCUGAUUCCUAAUAUGUUUUAGCUUGAUCAGUUUCAUUACUGGACCUUUAAAAAAUUACUUGAAAUAGUUUUAGGUUGUAAUUUGAUGCUCAUGUUAAUCUUACCAUUGCUAUUCAGAUAGCAAACUUGUUAACUUGUAAUAUGAGACCAAGUUUAAGAACAACAGCUGAGAUGAGCUUUAAAUCCAAUGGAAGACCAGAAGAUAUCAUGAAACCACAUUUUUGUUUUCUCUGCUGCUUCUUGUUCUUCACCUAAAAAGCUUUUAUAAGAACAGAUCUAUUUCUCAUUAAAGCCCUUAACAGCCUUAGUAAUAAUGGGAACCUAGGUAACAUCAGAGACUAAGCAUCCAUUUCAUCAAUUACCAUCAUGAAUUUAAUUUACAGUUGUCUUAAUUAGGGCUGAUACUUCAGUUAGCUGAGCAGUGCUCAGUUGAAGGUUUCUUUAAUCAAUGAGCAGCAUAUGGCUCAAUAUUUCCAUGUGUUGCUUUGCUGUAUAUUUCACUCUUCCUUGAGCAAAACCAUCACUACCAGUUUAUAGUUGUUUAAGUAAAUUAUUAAAGCAGCAACAACAAAUUACUUAUAUAGUAGUGUCUUUAACAUGCAGUGUUAAAAUGCCUUUCAGUCUUUCCUUCGCCAUGCCAAAUCCUUCUCCAAUCUUACACCAUUUUCAAUGUAGUGCAUGGACUUUGCAGGCUACAUAUUUCAAGCUUUUAUUUCAAAAGAAAGACUUGCCACACUUGCUUCUUCCUGGGUUGUAUUCAUGAACAAACGGUAUUUUGCUGAGUUAGGUGACAAUUGCUACAUUUUUAACAGCUUUGGAUAGUAACAUUUGAAAUUGUGACUUGGUUAACUGUAUCCUUGGUGCAUACCCUCACAAAGCUUACCUGAAGUCAUUGACAGGUAGGCAUACAAAGGUCUGUAGAUAUGGCAUGUGGCAUGCCCAUAUCCAUUACGUCUUUCAUUUCAUCCAGUGCUACUUCAGCCAUGAAAUAUUGCAUUUUAGGGCAAAUUCCAAUUAAUAGUUUAAAAUUAUUGUGUACUGCACUUUGUUUUCAAGACAACAGCGUUGGUAAAUGCCCCAAAAAAUUAAAAUAAAAACUGUUUGAUACCAUAGAUAUCAAAUUGCAACACUAAAUUGAAAUACAGGACAACAAGGUGCA